AUGGGCCACUACAAGCGGGAAUGCCCCCAACCCCAGAGGGAAAGGAAUGGGAACUUUGGAGGCCAAAGAGCUCAACAGACGGGACAGACCGGAUUUGGAAAGCAGAACCCUGUAGGCCCAUCGCAGCAGCUGAAUGGGCAGAAGAACAAGGGGAAACAGCCCAUGGGAACGCAACAGAGUACUGGAGGACGCAUCUUUGCACUACAGAUUGAUACCUGCGUGCAAGCUUUGUUUGACUCUGGUGCAUCACAUUCGUUUAUAUCUUUUGCUUGCGUAACUGCCCUAGCACUAGAAACAGAACCCCUAAGUACGAGUAUGAAAGUCACAUCGCCGUUGGGGGGGAGUAUAGCUGUUAAUCUAGUGUGUAGAGGGUGCAAGAUAAAAAUAGCCAACCUACGUCUGACUUGCGACCUUAGAGUGAUCAACAUAGCGGAUUUCGACAUAAUCCUUGGAAUGGACUGGCUAUCAGCUCACCGAGCGGUCAUAGACUGCCACCAGAAGACGGUGACCACUCAUACUUCUGAAGGGACUCGUUUCCGAUUUAAGGGGGAUAGACAAACGACAAGUUCAACGACGAAGAGAUCCAGGUGGCAGAAUCAACUCUUUGGAUGA